GUUGUCUAUGGUGAUAAAUAGAAAAAGUUCGAUUUGGAUUGUUUGUGACGCUAUCAAGGUUUUAAUUAUUCAUCUGCUUAGUUACGUAGUAAAAUAACUGUAAAUAUAGAUAACUCCAAUUCCUCUUUGCGUUGAAAUACUGUAAUUAAAUAUUCUGAUACUAAUUUAAAAAGUGGAAAUGUUGGGAUCGGGCGACGGCGGUAGUCACAUUAUUAGGUUACGCGGUUUGCCUUUCUCUACAACAGUAGAAGAUGUAUUAGAUUUCCUAAGCGGAAUCAACGUGUUAAAUGAAAAAGAAGGAGUGCAUUUGACAGAAGUGAGGCCGGGCAGACCAUCUGGUGAAUGUUUUGUAGAGUUGGUGAGCCAGGCAGAUGUGGACGAAGCUCUCAAAAAGGACAAGGAGAACAUGGGGAAACGAUAUAUAGAAGUAUUCUCCACGGAUCGUCAAGACAUGGAGUGGGCUUUGAAUGCCAUGAACCACUCUGAGAAUGGCUUUGGUGGUAUUCCUAAUUUGAAUGAUGAUAUGGGCAUUGUUAAACUUCGUGGUUUGCCUUUUGGUUGCUCUAAAGAAGAAAUAAUCCAGUUCUUUGACGGGCUGAUGGUGGCCCCCGAUGGGGUGCACUUGCUCUACGACUACACGGGCAGGGCCUCGGGCGAGGCGUUUGUACACUUCGUUGACAAGGGGAACGCUCAGGAGGCACUCAACAGGGACAGGGAGAAAAUAGGACACAGAUACAUCGAGGUGUUCCCGAGCAGCGCGGACGAGGUGAGGGCGUACGGCGCGCGCGACGCGGGGCGGGGCUCCAGCAGGCCACGCCCCACACCCUACGACCGCGGCGAUCGCUACGGCCAGAGGUUCACUCGCGGCAGGGGAUUUGUUAGAGGGGGCGGAGGCGGGGCGGGUCGCGGGGGGUUCCGGCGCGGCGGGUACUGCGUGCACAUGCGCGGUCUGCCCUUCAAGGCCACGCCGCAGGACAUCGCAUAUUUCUUCAAGCCGGUGCGUCCUGUGAGCAUCAACAUCCUGUACGACAACAGCGGCCGGCCCUCGGGCGAGGCGGACGUCGACUUUGAGUGCCACGACGACGCCAUGCGGGCAAUGAGACGUGACAAGCACAACAUGGACCACCGCUACAUCGAGCUGUUCCUGAACUCAGCUGGGGGCGGGUCGGGGAGUGCAGUGGGCGGGGCGGGGGGCGGGGCCGGGUUCAAGCCCGCCCGCACGUACAGGAACCUGUACUGACCACAGCGCACACUGCGCACUCUGCGCUCACCACCUCACACCAGAUCGCACCGUUAGCACAUGUACUCUGUUCCAACUCAACAAUUUACAUUUCUAAUUAAUGUUUUUAACACGAAAUUUGUGCAUUGCAAUAUUUUAUAAAGGAAGUACGUAGACCUUUUAGAUCUUAUUUUGGAACAGUGUACUGAAUGUGAUUAUGCGGUAAUAUUGAGUAGGAUAUGGUUUUAGCUUCGAACUAUGUACAGUGCUAUAGUAUGUCAUAUACCUUGUAAUUUAUAUAGCUCAUUGAGUUGUAAAUACAUCACUGUAUAUUAUUUCAUUUGAAACACUAUGUUAAAAAAAAUACGUACAUUUUUUUUUCGGCAUUUUAAAUUGUGCAUAAAGUAAAACAUAUGUAUUUUUGUGUUUAUAUAGUCAAAGUAUAGUAAUGUAGAAACUCAUGUAACACUUUUGAAUUUAAUAAUCCAUAUCGCAUUAGAUGUAUUAACAAAAAGAAUUUAAAAAUGGCUGCUUCCCGCCAUUUUAUCUAUCUAUGUCGGCCAUCUUGGAAAUUCAAGACUGGUUUCAAAGAUUACUUAUAACCAAGUUGCCAUUGCUGUGCUACACAUAUUGUUAUCUCUACCCUUUUCAAAGAUAAUGAAAGGGAUGACAAUAUGUCUAUAGUGCGACAAGCUUAUCUCUCCCGGUGAGAGAGACCUUGUUCGCGUUUACUUCUCUCAUAAAACAUGUAAAAACUACAUAGAUAUAGAAGAUUAUAAGAAAAAAUAAUACAGCUACAGUACGAUAAGGUUUUUGUGAAACUUUUAUGACAUUUGUGGCGUUAGUGAGCUGUCACAUUAAAUGUCUACAAAGUCUGAUAACCUUAUCUGCAGCAUUGUGCAGGAAAGGUUCACGGUUAUAUUUUGAAGUUUACUUAACAUUAGUUAAUUCUCGAGUACUGACUUAGUUAGAUAUUGUUGUACGCAUAAUUGUUAAAUAAUUCUAGUAAUAAAGUCGAAUCUGGAUAAGCUAGAGUUCAAGAGACUGCAACUUUCUCGCUUAUACUAUCUCUUUAAGUCGAAUUUGUCGCUUUUCCUGGUUCGACUGUAAACAUAAAAUAGUACAAGUUAAUACAAUUAUAACUAACCACUGCCGAAACUAGUAAAAGAUGUUUCUGUUCUUUUUU